AUGCCUAUCGACAUCCGCACCGCCGCCACGCUUGCUGCCUCCGCCUACCGUUGCCCCCUUGGCUCUUCGUCUUCUUCUCCUUCUCCCGCCGCCGCACGGUCCAUCUUUGCAACCCUCCCCUCUGCUGCUGCUGCUGCUGCCGCCGCCUUGCUGCGUCCGACCCGAAGCGCUUCGAUCCAUCUCAAACCCCGUUGCGACUUCCUUUGCAGUCUCGCAAUCACUCGUACCAGCAGCUUCGUGCCGCGCCCCCCACCCUGCUCGUCGGUUCGUUGGACCAAGCGCACCCCGCUCCGACCAACUGCUAUCUCAGCCGCUAGAUCCGCUCCCUGGUCCAUCGCCGCUCGCUACUUGGCCUCAGCUGCUACCGUUGGCCCGUCAAGCUCCACGCCGGCAUCCGACCCGCAAACCAAGAACAGCGCCAUCUCCAGCUUCUUUCUCGACGCGCUCAGCAACAUGUCGAGCUCUUCAGCGCCAGCGUCGUCGCCGUCGGCAGCCAAAAAGCUCAAGGUCGCCAUCAUCGGAUCCGGAAACUGGGGAAGCGCAAUCGCAAGGAUCGCCGGAAUCAACACAGAGAGGCAUUCGGACGUCUUUGAAAAGGACGUCCUGAUGUACGUCUACGAGGAGGAGAUCAAGGGCAAGAAGCUGACGCAGAUCAUCAACGAGGAGCACGAGAACCCAAAGUACCUGCCUGGCGUCAAGCUGCCCGCCCACGUCCGAGCCGUGCCAUCGGCGACCGAGGCGGCGCAAGGAGCGCAUCUGCUCGUCUUUGUCCUGCCGCACCAGUUCAUCGGCUCGGUAUGCAAAGAACUCAAGGGCAAGGUUGAUCCGUCGGCGCGCGCCAUCUCGAUGAUCAAGGGCGUCGAUGUGCGGGACGGCGACAUCCGCAUCUUUGCGGACGUCAUCGAAGAGGCGCUCGGCGUCGACUGCUCGGCGCUUAGCGGAGCAAACAUCGCCAACGAAGUGGCCCAGGACAAGUUUUCCGAGACGACGAUCGGACACCGAGAGGGCGAGCGUGGCCGCGAGUCCGCCGAGCUCUUCUUCCGCCUUUUCGACACGAAAACCUUCAAGGUCGGCAUGAUCGAGGAUGUGGCGGGCGUCAGCCUGUGCGGAGCUCUCAAGAACGUCGUCGCCAUUGCUGCCGGCUUCACCGAUGGCCUGGGGUGGGGAGACAACGCGAAAGCUGCGGUCAUGCGGAUCGGCUUGAUGGAGAUGAAGCGGUUCAGCGAAGAGUUCUUCAAAGGAGUCAAGCCCGAGACGUUUACCGAGACGAGCGCCGGCAUCGCGGAUCUCAUCACGACCUGCAUGGGAGGACGCAACCGAAAGUGCGCCGAGGCCUUUGUCAAGACGGGUAAGCCAUUUGACCAGCUGGAAAAGGAGCUGCUCAAUGGCCAAAAGCUCCAGGGCACCGAGACGGCCAGGGAGGUGCACGAGUUCCUCAAGGCGAGGGGCAAGGUGGACGAGUACCCGCUCUUCCGUGCCGUCUAUUCGAUCGCCUACGAGGGUUUCGACGUUCAGGACCUCACGAGCAAGCUCUAG